GGUUCGUCGCUUAACAUAACGUUCACUUCACGACGUUUGGAAUUUCUCAGUACUUAGCUGAAAUUCGUUGCGUACGGUUGCGCCGCUACGCGUACGCGAAUGUAAAGAAGCAUUUCCUCUUUGCAAAUAGCAGUGUUUGUGUUGUUGUUUUUAUUUUUUCGUUUGUUUGAUGAUCGUCAUCUGCGCCAUCCGUUUUUUCAAAGUUAGUUGAGUUUUCUUGUCUAAUUUCCCGUGUACCGUGUGUGUGUCAUCUUAUUUUUUUUGUGUGUUUUUCCUCCGUGUGCAUAGCACAGAAGUGCGUGUAUGUGUAUGUGUGUUUAAUGUUUUUUUGAAUGGGAAUCCCCCAGUAAAAACGAAACGCAUAUCGAUCGAGAGAGAGAGGGAGAGAAAAAAAAGCACCGGCACACAGCAUACAGUUGUGAGUGAAGGGGCAAAAAAACCCACAAUUUUCUAUUGCAGAAAGUUAGCUGCAAUAUGUGUGCAAAAAAAAGUGAGAAAAGCUAUCUAAAGUACGCAGUUUAAAAGUGUAGUUGAGCAAAAAAAGCGUGUGCAGAGGAUGAAUAAUUUCGACACCGAAAUAUAAAUUCAUUCAAUCGUAAUUUCGUGCACACAGCAGGUGUAAUUGUUCAACUUUAGAUAGAUAUCCUUUCGAUCCCGCUUGGGAGUGCAUCGAACCCGACCGAAUGCGAAUUAAAUGCGAAUUUCCGAAACAACCAUUCAACGAUAAGGCGAUUCGCGAGUGUAAAGUGUUUUUAUACAAGUGUGUUUUUUUUUAUUUUAUACCAUUAAUAUUCAACUAAAGUGCCAUUAACAAACAAAUCGCAACAAAUUGUCAACAUUUUACUCACGCGCAGAAAGCGAAAUAAAAGCUUACAACGUAACACCACGAAACAGUAUAUGUACGUCCGCUUGUUUACAUCGUUUAACACUACUACCAGCAAAACGCGUAAAGCAUAUAAAACAGAUAAAUAGUAAUCAACAAAUCGCUACGUUCGAUGUUUAAAAAAAAACAAGAUAAAAUUAUAAUCGCAUACCAAUAACAACGAAGUAAAAGUAAAAGGCAAAACGAAACGAAACGACAAAGGAGCGAAAUUUAACGAAACGAAAAGAAAGCAAAACAUACAAAACACUGAACGAAAGUUUGAAGUAGUUCAUAACCGUGUGUCGGUGAACGUGUAUUGCCAUCAUGUCAACGCAAUCAUACUAUAAGGACCGGCUCGGGUUCGAUCCGCGGGAAGCACUGUACGACAACAAUAAUGGUGAGGUGUCGCAACAGCAGCACCACACCAGCAGCAGCUCGACCAGCAUCAACAACAAUCACCAUCACCAGCAGCAACAGCAGCAGCAGCAGCAGUACCAUCAGACGAUCACGACCACCACUACACACCGGCACAGCAUCGGUGGUGGUAGUGGUGGUACCAGCGGUGGAACAAUAGUAGGCAAACAUCACCACUACUACAACAAUGGUGGUGGUGGUGGUAGUCCCGGACCGGGCAAUGGUAACGUAGCGGUCGGUGGAAGCGGUACGCCGCACAACGGUAGCCAUCACCAUCAUCACAACAAUGGUGAAUACUACCAUACGACACCGGCCAAACGUCACCGGCAAUCGUUUACGGCGACGUCACCGGCCACCGGAUCGUCACUGAACGUUACCAGCCAGGGCGGCUACGAGGAUGCACUGACACAGUUUAAAGGUACUGAAUUGAUGACGAUAUGGGAACAUUUUGUUUGGGAUAUUAUAGAUGAGCGAGAUGCCAUACAGAAGAAAACUUUCACAAAGUGGGUCAACAAACAUCUGAAAAAGACCUACACCCAUUUACAUGUUUGCGUAAUCAUCAACGGAUUACCCUGUUGUCCGCCAGCUGCCUCCCGUCGUGUCGAUGACCUGUUCGAAGAUCUGCGCGAUGGACACAAUCUUCUUUCACUCUUGGAAGUAUUAUCUGGCGAACAUCUUCCAAGGGAGAAAGGAAAAAUGCGCUUCCACAUGCUGCAGAACGCUCAGAUGGCGCUGGAUUUUCUGCGGUACAAAAAGAUCAAAUUAGUCAACAUACGGGCCGAGGACAUCGUAGACGGCAACCCGAAACUAACGCUCGGUCUAAUAUGGACGAUCAUUCUGCACUUCCAGAUUUCCGACAUUGUCGUUGGGCAAGAGGACAAUCUUACCGCCCGGGAAGCACUGCUCCGUUGGGCCCGCCGUUCGACAGCCAAAUACCCGGGCGUACGGGUAAACGACUUUACCGCAUCAUGGCGCGACGGUUUAGCAUUCUCUGCGCUCAUCCACCGGAAUCGACCCGAUCUGAUCGACUGGCGAGAAUCACGAUCGCGUCGUCCGAGGGAACGGCUCGAGGUUGCUUUCCACGUGGUGGAAAAGGAGUACGGCGUAACACGGUUGCUGGAUCCCGAAGACGUCGACACAAACGAACCGGAUGAGAAGUCCAUGAUUACCUACCUGAGCUCACUGUACGAUGUGUUCCCGGAACCGCCACAGAUGCAUCCACUGUUCGACAUGGACUCACAGCGACGCGUGCAGGAGUACCGUGAACAGGCUCAGCAGCUACUGUACUGGUGCCGGGAAAAGACCUCCCUCCUGCAGGAGCGAGCCUUCCCGACCACGCUGAUUGAGCUGAAACGGUUGCUUACCGAUCUGAACCGAUUCCGCACCGAAGAGGUACCACCGCGGCAGCGUGACAAGCAGCAUCUGUUCUCGAUCUACAAAGAGCUCGAGAAGUAUUUCGAAUCGAUCGGCGAAGUGGACGUCGAAACGGAACUCCGUCCAGAAGCGCUCGAAAAGGCGUGGCAUCGGCUGAUGUCGGCGCUGGCCGAUCGGGACAUGAUACUGCAGCAGGAGGUGCAGCGGCUCGAGCGGCUUCAGAAGAUUGCCGAAAAGGUGCAGCGCGAGUACAAGCAUACAGAGACGAUCAUCACGAAGAUCGAAACGCGAAUCUCAGAGGAAAGCCGCCGCAUCGAACGUUUGCACCCGGUCGAGGCGAAGAACAUCGUCGAGGGACUCGACGGGGACAUUCGGCAUUUGGAGCAACCGCUGCAGGAGAUGAAUGAUGAUUGUCACAAUCUGAAGGAUGGCCGAUAUCCGCAGGCCAGUGAUCUUCACAAGAAAGUCACCAAGCUACACCAACGUUGGUCCCAGCUAAGGACAACAUUCCAUACUAGCCUAGUACAAAAACUGUCCGGUCUGAGCUAUCCGGUGCAAGAGACGACGAUAACGAAGCAAACGCGCGUCGUCACGGAAACGCGACAGAUCGGUACCAAUCCUUAUUUCCGGGAUGUGCAAGAAUACACUGAAUGGUGCCAAUCGAAACUGAAACAACUGCAUACCUCCGACUACGGUUCUGACCUUCCGUCCGCUAAAGUGGAACUAGAGCGCCAUCAGCACGAGCACAAAGUGAUCGAUCAGUUCCACUCUAAAAUAGCACAGUGCGAACGGCACGCGUCAAACUUCACCGGCGAGGAGUUGCAGCUGUACCGGCAGCGUUUGAGUCAGCUGCAGAAGGUGUAUGCCGAGCUGCUGAGCACCUCCACCAAGCGACUGUCCGAUCUGGAUGCGCUCGUCGAUUUCCUGGCGACUGCCACGGCUGAGCUAAGCUGGUUGAAUGAUCGCGAGCAGAUCGAAGUUAGCCGCGAUUGGGCAGAUAAAAACCUAGACCUAUCGGCGGUCCAUCGGUACUAUGAGCGUACGUAUGGAAAUGGUGAGGAAAACCUCAUGUCCGAGCUAGAGAAACGCGAAAUGCAUUUCGCUACCAUCCUGGACCGUGGAGAGGCUCUGCUCGUCCAGUCGCAUCCUGCAUCGAAGUGUAUUGAGGGUCAUCUGCAGGCGCUCCAGUCGCAGUGGUCAUGGCUGCUGCAGCUAACACUCUGCCUGGAAGUGCACCUGAAGCAUGCUACCGAUUACCAUUCGUUCUUCGACGAGGUACGCGAGGCAGAAAACUGGCUAACAAAGCGGGAUGAAAUUCUGAACAGCAAGUACUCGCAGUCAGAGUUUACGCUCGAUCAGGGCGAAUCACUGCUGCGAGGCAUGCAGGACAUCCGCGAGGAGCUGAACGCGUUCGGUGAAACGAUUGCGCAGCUGCAACAUCAAGCCACAGCGAUCGUGCCAUUGAAGCAGCGCAAACAACCAGUCAACCGGCAGUGCACCGUCCAAUCCAUCUGCUCGUACAAGCAGGGCAACAUUUCGCUGGACAAAAACGAAACCUGCACGCUGCUCGAUACAUCGGGACGCGUAAAAUGGCGCGUGAAAACAUCUAAAGGAGUUGAAGGUUCCGUCCAUGGUGUGUGCCUACUGUUACCACCGCCGGAUCAGGAAGCGAUCGAAGCAGCCGAACGGUUGAAGCGAUUGUUUGACCGUUCGGUAGCCCUGUGGCAGAAGAAGCAGCUCCGCCUACGGCAGAACAUGAUCUUUGCCACGAUCAAGGUCGUGAAGGGUUGGGACUUUGAACAGUUCCUCGCGAUGGGUGCUGAACAGCGGACGGCCAUCCGGCGGGCACUGAACGAUGAUGCGGAUAAGUUGCUAGCGGAAGGUGACCCAGCCGAUCCACAGCUUCGUCGAUUGCGUCGCGAGAUGGACGAAGUGAACCGGCUGUUUGAUGAAUUCGAGAAACGUGCCAGAGCAGAAGAGGAGAGUAAACAGGCAAGCCGUAUCUUUACUGAACAAUGCAUUUCGCUGAAGACACGUCUGGAGGAGAUGGCCCGCGAGCUGGACCACAUCAUACUGUCUCCGAUGCCACGCGAUCUCGACUCGCUCGAACAUACGGUCCAGAUACUGGAAGAUUACAAGCGUCGACUUGGCGGACUGGAACCCGACCUAAAGCAUCUGCAGGAAACGUUCCGAACCAUUACGCUGAAGACACCGGCGCUCAAGAAGAGUCUUGACAAUCUGAUGGACCUGUGGAAGGAGCUGAACACACAAGCGGGUCUACAUGGCGAUCGGUUGAAGCUUCUUGAAGGUGCGCUAGCUGGACUGGAAGACAAUGAGCAGGUUAUUUCCGAUCUGGAGAGCAAACUGUCCCGCCAGCUAGAGCUUCCGUCAACACAGGAAGGGCUGUACGAAGUGUACAAGCGGCUGACCGCUAUUCAGGAAACCAUUUCAAGCCAACAGCCCGAAAUGGACAAGAUGAAUGAUUCGGCGGAUCAGCUUGGCCGUAUGGGUGUUCCAACGAAGGUGCUGAGUGAUCUCAAACGCCUACAUUCCAACGUGGAACGGUUGAACUCGCGAUGGAACAACAUCUGCGGACAACUGGCAGAGCGCAUGCGCAGUGUUGAGACGGCAAUCGGAUUGAUGAAAAACCUACAAACCAGCAUUGUCGUGGAGGAGACUUGGGUGGAGAAACAGACGGAAAAGCUGCAGGCUCUUCCGACGGCCACAUCCGCGCGGGAGCUCGAUUCGAUGCUCGGCGAAACGGUGGAACGCAUUCCGAAGGUUGAACAGGUUAAUCUCACCGGUGGCCGCUUGAUCCGUGAAGCUAAGAUCUACGAUGGUAAAUGUGUCCAUUAUAUCGAUUGGUUAAGCGAAGUGCGUCCCAGCUUUUCGCCUCCUCGGCAAGAUCUCCGGCCGGCGAAUGGUGAUCCCGGUGCGACGGAAGUGUACUCGAAGCGGCUCGACACGCUCAAUGGCCGCUUCGAGACGCUCCUUGAACAGCUGACCCAGCGGCUAAAGACGGCUAUUGAGGUGAAUGGCGCGGACGGAUUGCGCUACGCAGAAAGCCUUCAUAAACCGCUUCGAACCUAUCGGGUCGAGUUCAAUCUCGGUCGCCCGACAAACAAUGGCACAGAGGGCCACCAGGAGGUCGAAGAGGACGUUUACACCUCAACAUACAGCACAUCGCAGAUAACGAAGAUCACGAACAACAAGCUGAUCUAUGAUACCAUCGAUAACAAUGGUGUUAGCAUGCCGACGACUGCGUCACCACUGCGCGAAAACGGAUCGCCCACAAAAGCAAAGCCCACCGAUGGCAGCUAUCCGACCAACGGUGCUUCCUCGGUGCAGUUCACGGAGAUUCGCAGUCUGAAGCGAAUUCAGCGCACGAGCGAAGCGGUCGGCACGAACAAUGGUCCCGAUGUGGAUGAAAUCGGCGGCGAUAAUAUACUGAACACGCCCGGCAUAAUCGAUCCGACCACCGGUCGGACGCUAACAGUCGGCGAGGCGAUCCGGAUGCGUGUGUUGGACGUACGCAGCGGGCUGCUAAAUGUAAGCACAACCGGUGAGCGCAUCAGCCUGGAGGAAGCCGCCAUGCGGAAGCUGAUCGAUCCGGAGCUGGUACUAAAGCUAUUGCGUCCCGGCGCUGCCGUCGAUCGUGACGGACGCCCGAUGAGCCUGCUGGAGGUGAUACAGAAAGAGAUUCUCGAGGCGGAGAAUGGUGGAUCGUACGAAAGUACGGAAAAGCGCAUAAAGGUAACGACCGAAGGCAUCAACGAGCAGCACCGUAGUAGCGGCAGCAGUUACAGUAGAACAGCGAUCGAUGAUGGUGGCGGUGGUGGUAGUGGUGGUGCUGCGGCGGCGGCGGCGGCGUCCUCCUCCUUCUCCUCCUCAUCGUCGCAGCAGCACGCUGUAAAGUAUAACACUAAGGAAGCAAAAAGUAUUGUCGAUGCAAUUAAGCAGGGCCUGGUGGAUGCGACGGCCGGCGGCGGUGGACUGUACCGUACGCCGUCCGGCCGGGAGCUUUCGCUGGCCGAAGCGUACGAGUGCGGGUAUUUGGUUAGGAGUGAAGCGAUCAAAAUAGCACCACACACACUCUGUCUGGCGGAUGCGCUGGCGCAGGGUCUGGUCGAUACCGGUGGCUGGGUGACGGACCGUAACACUGGCGAUACGUUCCGCCUGGACUCGGCCAUCGAGCGACAGCUGAUCGAUCCGCAUGUACGCGAAAUAGUGGACACGAAGCACGACACAAAGGUAACGGUAGCACAGGCACUGGAGCAGGGCAUCAUCAAUGCGCGAACGGGUCGCUACAUGAACCCGCAGACGAAGGAGAAGCUUACGUUUGCCGAAGCCCGGCAACGGCAACUUAUCGGCAAACCGCUCACGCUCAAGGACGUGUGCGAUCUGCAGCUGUACGAUCAAAGCGAGCGUAUCGCGUCGCCGACGCGCCGCGAACGCGUUAACAUUCCCGGGGCGAUCAGUUUGGGUGUACUCGAUGGGGAGCAUGUGCGGUCGAUCUAUAAAUCGGCCGGUGCGGAACUGCUCACGCUGGCCGAGGCCAUGGAUCAGGGCGUAAUACUACCGUUUGAGAAUCGCUACAAACAUCACGAAACAGGUGAACUGAUGACCAUUCCGGAAGCGGUUGAUCGGGGUCUUAUAUCAUCCGUUUCAAUACGAUCAAUUUUCAACAUUCACGGUUUUAAGGAUCCACACAGCGGAGAGUUCGUAUCGUUCAAUAUGGCACUCGCGAAGAAUGUGUUGCGCAAGCGCGAUGGGGCGUUUAUGUUAGAUAGUGGUAAGGGUGUUUUAAUAUCGCUAGAUCAAGCGGUAGGUCAGGGACUGGUAAGGCCAGAGGUAUACGAAAUGUUUAACCGUGCAAUAGGCGUGCCGGAUGAAACGGUACCCGGAAGGGAACUAACGCUACUGGAACUGGUGUACCGUGAUCAUAUCGAUCCAAAAACGGGCUACCUGCUAGACGCUGCCCGACGAGUGCUUCCGCUCGAACCGGCAAUCGAAAAGAAGUUUAUCACACCGGAAGGAGCGUUGCUCUUGAUCAGUUUGCUCAAUAUAACGCUCACGACCGAAACCGUUACCAAGACGAUUAAGCGAUACGUCACUAUAACGCACACGGGGGAAACACCAGAAAGCCAACCGCAGGUGUUGCUCUCCUUCACUGAGGCCGUACGACAGGGUUUGAUAGACGAGCAAACGCGCACGUAUCGAGAUCCGGCCACGGGUAAUCUUUACUCAAUUCAGCAAGCGCUGAAUCAUGGUUUACUCCUUCCGGAUACGGAAGCGGUGCCCAACAGCACGGAGGUACCCACCACAAGUGGGAGUUCGAUGGUAAAGUUCGAAACACGCGUGAUAAAGGGAGCGAACAGUCGUAGUCUGAACAUUACGACGGAAUAUCUUGAACGGGCAGACACUGAGAUGCAAACGUUCGAGCUACCGGCAAACGGAUGGCCACUGAACGAAGCAAUCGAACGUCAUUUGUUGAAUCCGGACACAGGAUUGCUUAUCAUCCCCGGAACUGAUCGGAUGGUUAGUUUCGAGGAGUGUAUAAAGUUGCAAAUCAUUAACCGGCAGUCGGCAUUCGUGUCGGAUCCGAAAAAUCCGGAACGUCGCGUUACAAUCGAUAGAGCGCUAGAGAAGAAGAUACUUGAUCCCGUCGGACGGUAUGCUAUGCGUAAGAAUGCCGAACCACUAACGAUGCGGCAGGCAAUAGAACAGGAAUACAUCAUCUUUGAACAGUGCCUACCCAGUUCGUCGUCAGUGUCCGAUGGGCCGGAUAGCCGCACGAUACAGAUCACGAAACGAUCAGGGCAACCGGAUCGGGUGGAAAUUUCCUCCUCCUCCGCUAAAAACUCGAAUUUAGUAGAGGUGAAAAUUGCUCCCACUCCAGAACUGAUGAGUCCGGAACCGCUUCAACUCGCACCGGGCAUUAUUUACGAUCCCAGCACGGCUCUUGUAAUAUUCGCUGAAACGGGACGCUCCGAUAGCAUAGUGGGUGCGGUUGCAAGUGGUAAAAUCGAUCCCAAUUUGGUACAGUUAGUCGAUCCAAGCAAUGUGAAUGGAGAGAAACUCUCUAUUGCGGAUGCAAUACAGCGUGGCCUUAUCGAUGAACAGACGGGUGAAAUUCGUACUGCCAAUGGUCCGUUAAGUAUGAUCGAAGCCAUCCAGAAAGGUAUUCUGUUAGUAGCGGGUGCACCAUUAGUCGCAGCCGCAGGUGCAAUAGACUCACUAAAAUUGUUUACCGAUCCGAUUACCGGUGAGGAAAUGCCCAUAGAAUUGGCAUACGAAAGAGGGUUAAUCACAAGAAGCCAGCUGCCAAGUCCGGAGCGGGCUGCGUUGCUAAAGAAAAAGCUUAGCGUUGAGAGCAGACGUUCCUCGGAAGGUAUCACAACAGUAGUGACGAAAACUGGCCCCCUAGAGUACGAUCAGGGUUCGCCGAGAAAAUUGCAAAAGAUGCGCAAAUGUGUUCUUCGGCCGAAGGAUGCAGCCGAGCAGGGUAUAAUAGAUCAAGACACAGCACAGAAGUUAGAAGACCCAGCACUAUUUGCGAAUGCUAAAACGACGCUCGCGGAUGUGCUAAAGAAUGGACAACUGAGUGGCGAGAGUGGUAGAAUAGUCGAUCCUCAAAGGGGUCAUGUGCUGAAUUUGAAUCAAGCGAUACAAAGAGGUAUGCUUGAUUUGCACGGAACAAACAUGAUCUUUGUCCCGAUCGCCCGUUGUCUCAGUUUGCCAGCACUGGAGACUCAGGGCCUGCUGAAUCCGUCCGACUCUAGAAUAUACCAUCCCGAAUCAGGACAAUUGCUAACGCUCCGUGAAGCGUUGUUGUGUGAAAUCAUCGAUCCUCUAGCUGAAGUAACAAUCAAUGAGCAUUCGAUGCCUCUGGAGCAAGCGAUAAGUGCCGGAUUGGUUAAUGAAGAUCGGUGUACACUUGCCGAUGACAUGAAGAUCGCUGAUGCCAUCGACCGGGGACUGUGUCACACUACGAACUACGAGUCUAAGAUCCCACCGAUCGGAAUGUCACUCCCAGUUGUUGUUGAGCGUGGUUUGCUAGAUAUCGAGAAGAAAGAAGUUACACAUCCUAUAUCACGUGUUCCGAUGGCAUUGGAGGUAGCAUUGAAAAAUGAUUUCAUCAUGGCUACUCCUUACACUCCGGACGUGGAUGGAGUGCAACUAUUAGCCGCUAUCGAUCAGGGCCGAAUUGAUACGACAAAGUGUACGUUUAAAGCACCACUGAAGGGUACGACCGAGGUUGUAGAUAUACCUCUCCGGGAAGCAAUAGAUUCGGGUAAACUAAUAGUUAAACCUUUGCCAAAGCUAAUUCAAAACCUUCAAGCAAAUCAUGCCGUUACAUCGGUACAGGAAACAGUGGCAGCAUUCCAUACCAUCACGACAAAGACGGUUGAAAUUCAGUCCGGGUAUGCGUUGAUCUCAGUGAAUGAGGUUCAAGAUUUGCAAACCGGAGCAAUCAUGUCUGUUGAGGAGGCAUACAAGCAGGGUAUAAUAUCAAAGCCCGAAGAAACGUGUGAAGAACACAUGCAGCAAGAAGUUAAAAUUGGGUUGAAUGAAGCAUUACUCCGGGGACUUUUAGAUGUAACGAAAGGUACCUUUAUCCAUCCCACUACUGGUGAAGUGAUGUCGAUUUCAGUCGCUGUCGAUCGUGGUUUCAUUGGAUCCCAUUCGUCAAGCGAGGAAACGCUCAAUCGAUCUCCGGAAAUGUCUCACAAAGCUAUUGGAAAAUUGGAAGUUUCCGAAAGGACACCUUCCGAAUCGCCUAAGAAACUGGCACAUAAUGAAACGAAGCCUGUGGCACAGUUUGUCGCUACUGAGAUGUUAGAGCGUAAAGACACUGGAACUGCUGCGCCUUCUUCCGUGGCAAAUAGUUCGACCGCUCCAAGCAGUGGAAGUAAUAUUGGUAACAAUAUCAAGGAUGCUGCCAAACUAGGCCUUAUGGCUGUUGUUGGUGCACCGGUACUUGGCGGUAUGGCUAUAGCGGGUGCGGUAAAGAAAGCUUUCGAGAAAAAGGAAAAAGAUGAUACUGCUAGUGGUGCUGGAUUUGAAGUUGUAGGAAAUAUAGAGGAACCAACAGUUCCAUUUGUCAAUCUCGCAACGGAUGAGAUUGUAAAGCCUGAGGGAAGCCAAAUAUCUAAGGCCCCUUCGCUUAAAGAUGAGGUACAGAAGCCGUCCGUUGAGUUUGUAACGGAGAAAGCACCACAAACAUUAGACGAAUUCGAUCCACCCAAUAAGAACAAUGAACAAUUUGUUGUUGAUAAUGUGGCGGCUUCGAAUCCAAUUAAAACAGAGGAAUAUGCUGCCAAAAAUGACAAACAGAUCACUUUAGACAAAGUAGCUCCAAGCGCAGAAGAUCAACUGCUAGUCAAAACGAAAGAACUGAAACCGGAAAAAGACAAAUUGAGCCAAUUUUUAGAGACAGAAAAAUCUGCUUCGCUUGUUCCUCAAAUGCCUCAAGCGCUUGAUGAUUCUGCUAAUCAAGCAGAAACACAAUCGAAGGUAGUACAAGAAACUGUCGCUAAUGUUUCGCUACCAUCAACAUCGAUUGAACACGCUCAAACUAGCGUUCCAGGUGAUUCGCUUGCAGAAUCGCAACAAAAGCAGAAACAGCAGGUGUAUGACGAGAUCGUCAAACAAUCCAGUGAUCUAGAGGUUCCGAAUAGCGACGAAGCAGUUCCUACGGAACAACCUGUUACGGUAACUGUUACACAAAUAGAAAAGGAUGGUUUAAAGAUUGAGACUUCUAUUCCUAAAAGUGAAGGGGAUAAACUUGUAUCUGUUUCUGACGUUCCGGUUAGGCCUGACAGUGAAAUUGCAGAUGAAAUAGUCACAAGACCAAUAGUCCAAUUGUCACAACCAUUGGUAAAAGAUGAUCUGCAGAGCUCCCAAGCGGCAACACCAAGCACAGAUUCGUCGGGAAUAGUGCUAGGAUCAAAUACUACGUCUGAUCCAACGAAGAGUAGUUCAGAAAUUGAAAAUAAAACAACAGCUAAUUCCUCUAAAGUGCCAACAGAUGUACCAGAAAGCGAAGGUAUUUCACGAUCAAUGACUGAGGUACCGUUCAGUGACCAGCAGACUAAUCAGGUUCCAAGUACUACUGACGCUUCUUCUGCUAGUGGAGCCGGUAGUAAAAUAAUGGAUGCAGCAAAGUUGGGUCUAAUGGCUGUUGUAGGUGCGCCUCUACUUGCAGGAAAGGCAGUAGUAGACGCCUUAAAGUCUGAUAAACAACCAACUUCUGGAAACGAAGUAGCUGCACCUGGUGCGGAAGCUUUGGAGCGUCAUGUCACGUUCGUCGAACGGCCAACAGAGCGACCAGAACGAAUGACAUUGGGUGAAGCGAUUUCUCAGGGUAAAAUUGAUCCCAAACACUGCCGCAUCAUGGUAGACGACAAGCAGAUGCCAUACACGGUGGAAGAGGGUUUAAAUAAAGGGAACGUGCGGAUUUACGAUGUGGUCGAUGUGCUUUCGAAGGAUCGCAUUUCCUUCGUUGAAGGUGAAGAAGGGGAAGAUACACUUGUGCUGGACGUAUCACUUACGGAACAGCGUCUGGGUGAGCUGGGAGUGUAUGAUGUAGAGAAUGGUUACUUCCUUAAUCCAACCUCCGGCGAGCCUGUAUCGUUCCGCGACUUUAUCUAUAAUGCGGGUGCGUUAAUCGAUCCGACUACCAUAUUUGUGAAAGAUCUCGGAAGGAAUCGCUUCGAGCGGUUGGAUGCUGCUUUGAAGAAGCAUCUGAUCGAUAAGCAUACAGGUCACAUGCUUGACAAUAAAACGGGAAAGAAAGUUAAGUUUGUUGAAUGUUGCCGCCGGGGUUGGAUUGUACAGCGUGAACCGGCCGGCGAUGAAGAUCUUUCCCCGACACUGGCUGAGGUAAUCGACGCAGGUCAGAUAAACCCGCAGACGGGCGAGUUUAUACAAAACAAUGAAAGCAUACCUAUCGCAGAAGCCUUGCGUGCUGGUUUUAUUGAUAACGAUUCGCUUUCCGUGAGAGAUCCUACCGAUGGACAGAUCGUACCGUUAGCGGUAGCCAUUGAAAAGGGCAUCAUUGAUCUGAAACUCGGUGUACUGUUCAACAAAGACACACAGGAAGAGAUCGAUCUGAACGAAGCGUACGUUAAGGGUUAUAUGCUGGAGGGUAAACGAAAGCCAAUAUCCUUGGAAGCAGCCGUACUCAAGGGUUUGUACAAUCCCGAGUCAGGUCUUAUACUCGACACCAUCACAGAGGAGAUGGUCGAUGUACAACAAUCCGUGGAUAAGGGUAUUGUUGAUCCGAAAAUAUCCAACGUUAAGGAUACGAAGGAGAACACUCUUGUACCGCUGCAGGAUGCACUGGACAAGAAACUGAUCGAUGCAGAAUCGGGCAAGUUGAAGGAUACUGCCAACGAUGAACUUGUACCGCUAGAUGUGGCGGUUGAAAAGAACUUGAUGGACACCAAGCAUGUGACGCACAGUUUGAUUGAUGUGCUGAGCCGCGAAUUCUACAAUCCGGCUACCGGUAAAAUUCUCGACCCGGCAAAUGGUGAUGAAAGCAAUCUGAAGGAUGCGAUCAAUACCCAGCUGGUUGAGAUCGACAGUGUACUGAUUCGUGAUGAGUCGCGAGAAAGUAUAGUGAAAUGUCGGGAUGCUAUUGCUAGUGGUUUAGUUGACGACGUAAGAGGUGUUUUGACUCGGCCAGAGCUUACGCUAGACCGUGCCUAUCAGAAGGGUUACGUGCUUAGCAACAAGAAACCAAUCUCUCUAGCCGAUGCGCUGCUGCGUGGUUUUUACGAUACUGCGACAGGAAAAUUGUUGCUUGAAGAUGCCACUACUCCUGUCACACUCGAGCAAGCGAUAACGAAGGGUGAAAUUUCCACCAACGAUUUAAUCGUACGCGAUCCAAAGAGUGGCACAGUGAUCAGUCUCGCCGAGGCAAUUCGCAGUGAGCUGGUAGAUCCUCGCGCGGGUUCCGUAGUAGACUCCGCCUCUGGCUUGAGCAUGGGUCUCGGAGAAGCAAUGGAUCGGGGACUAAUCGUAGCAUCGAAACGACGCUGCAGUUUACCAGACGCAGUGUACAGAGGUCUGUACGAUCCGAAGUCCGGGCAGUUCAGCAGUACAACUACACCGGAGCGGAUGUCUACGGAGCGCGCAAUACGGCGUGGUUUAUUGGAUCCCGAAUCGACUAUCGUUACCGUUGGUGGCAAAAUUGUACCAUUCGAACUUGCUAUCGAGAACGGUACAGUGGACGUGCGUCGUGGAACGAUUCGUGAUGACGAAGGUGUACGAAUCGAUUUCCGCGAAGCAUUCGAUCGAGGAUUACUGGUUGAGGUCCGCAAACCGAUCGGGCUUAGUGAAGCCGUGCUCAAGGGUAUCUAUCGGGAGGGCAAUGGGAAAUUUGUUGAACCCAAGACAGGCAAAAAGCUCACACUAGACCAAGCGAUCGCCGGCAAAUUGAUCGAUCCACAUUCGGUACAGGUGCGUGAUUCGACUACCGGGUACUAUAAGGAUUUGGAUCUAAACGAAGCAAUUGCAACACAAUUUAUCGACGGAGAGAACUCGAAAGUACAGCACGGUGAAGGUUGGAUAACGCUGAAGCACGCUUUUGACAUCGGUUUGCUAUACGAUCGAAAGGCACCGGUAAGCCUUCAGCGUGCAAUCCAUCAGGGUAUCUACGACGAUAAGACGGGCAAGUUUAUAGAGCCGGCCACCGGUCGUAAGAUAACUUUGCAGGAAGCGACGCGCAAGUUUAUCAUAAACCCGCAACUUCCUUGCUACUUUAACGAGCGCGACGAAACCAUGCUCAACCUGUUCGAGGCGUGUCGCGCGAAGUUAAUCGAUCGCCGUGAAGGAGUGUUCCGUGAACCGGGCAGUGAGGUGUUUAUCCCUCUCAGUGAAGCGCUCGCAUUAGGACUGAUCGUGGACAUUGAAAGUGCAGGCUUUGGGCUGUACGAAACACUUGCCAUGGGCUUCUACCGUCCACAAACUGGGCAAAUUCUUCAUCCGAUCACUGGUCGGCAGAUAUCACUGGAAGAAGCUUGCGCGGAGGAUAUCGUUAGUCCGGCAGCAUCUAUAGUGAAGCUCGCCAAAACGGGCCGUUACGUACGUUUGGACGAAGCAAUUGAACAAGGUGUUAUAGACGCCCAAGCAGGAAUGUAUCUGCUUUCGGAUGGAAAGAUCGACCUACAGGAAGCUCGCCGUAGAGGUUUGAUAGUAACCAAUCAGAAGCUACUGUCACUAGAGAAAGCCAUCAAGAUGGGUCUUUACAGGGCCGAUGCUGGUGGAUUUGUGGAACCCAGCUCGGAUGAUUUGUUGAAUCUGCAGGAAGCUCUUGACGCUGGUCUGCUCGAUUUCGAGACGACAGUGUACAAGGAUGCAGUUACUGGGCAGGAUAAGCCACUGCGUGCAGCUAUGGAUCACGCCGAUAUAGACGUGGAGAAGGGCAAGGUACUCGAUCGUAAGAACGAUCGGGCGUAUAACUUUGACGUAGCAUUCAGCAAGGGUCUGCUGGUGACAAUUAAUCGUCCAAUUACGGGCAAAAUCUUGGAGCGCAAAGAAUCGAUCGACAACCUGCUUCAGGAGUCACCGAUUGGCAAGGGUCCUAAAGAAAUGAGCUUACAGGAUGCAUUGCGCCACGAUCUUCUGUCGCUCGAAAUGUCUGUGUUACGUGAUCCACGUACAGGGUUGUUUGUGCCAUUGCGACAAGCGUUACACGAUGGUGUCCUGCAGGAGAGUGCCCGUGCUACCAUCGAUCCAAAACUUCUAUUCUUCACCUUCGACAAUGAUUGUGUGGUCUACGUGCGUGAACCGCUCAGCUUCGAUCGUGCCGUCGAGUUGCAGCUGCUGGACCUAUCUACCGGUCGGUUCCUGUCUCCGUCAUCCACCACCCAGCUCGAACGAGAUAACCCGCCGUCAGCCAUCACACUUCGAGACGCCAUUGUGCAGGGUCUUAUCGAUCCCGAAUCCGUACUACUGAAGGAUGGUGCAAAGCACAAGUUGCUGCACCUGCCGGAAGCAUUCCGGAAGGGUCUUAUUGAGCCGGAAAAAUCGAACGUACUCGAUACGGCCAGCUCGAAGCUGGUCCCACUGCAGACGGCCGUCGAGACCGGCCUGCUGACGACACCUCGUCGUUCGUUCGGGCUAUUCGAAGCACUCGACUAUCAGCUGUAUACGCCCGCCGAGGGUAACUUCCGCGAUCCGUUCCAUCAUACGGCACCGGCCCGUACACUUACGGCCACCAUCGAGUCCGGUCUGGUCGAUCCAUCGACAACGGUCGUGCGCGACAGUGUCGGUAAAGGUAGUGCAAUAGUGCCGCUCACGUCCGCCAUCACUAGCGGGCUGAUCGAUGCCACCCGCGGCCGUUACAACGGGGACGAUCACGAAACGAUCGAUCUCGUGCAGGCACGUGAGAAGGGAUAUCUAUUGCUAGCGGAGCAACGGCAAGCAGUGAUUGAGAAAUUCGCUCUCUGUGAGGACCACCUGGCCAAGCUCCUGGAAUGGAUAGCACGUGUCGAGCAAGCAAUUGCCGCCGUGGGAGGACCGAAGGAACGUGUCGACGAUCUGCGCAAUCAGAUCAACUCGCUGAAGCAAAUCAAGGAAGAUAUCGAUGGGCAGAGCCGUCCAGUUGCGUCUUGUUUGGAUCAAGUCCGACAGCUUGUAAUGAGCGGUGGAGAUGUUCUAAGUGCACCCGAGGUAGCUGCUCUCGAGACAUCCGGCCGUGAACUUCGCUCUCGUGUCGAUAAAGCACAGGAUCGUACCGGCAAACUGUUGCGUCGCUUGGGAGCUGCUCGUGAUGAGCUCGGUAAACUACGCACCGAAUUGGAUACCUUCUCCAGCUGGUUGCAGUCUUCAAGGCGCACGCUGGAGGAUAAGGAAAGCACUCUGUCCGAUUUGAACAACUUACCGUCGCAGUCAGACACGGUGAAGGAGUUCCACAGUGACGUGAUUGCACAUCAAGCCGAUCUACGAUUCAUCACGAUGUCCGCCCAGAAGUUUGUCGACGAGUGCAAGGACUAUUUGGGUGUGCUGAAUGAUUUCCGCACUACGCUGCCAGAUCGUUUGCCACACAUUGAGCAAAUAUCGAGCUCGGAUAGCCCGAUUCGUCAGGAAGUUUCACUUGUGACAGCGCAGUAUCGCGAUUUGUUGAACCGUGCCAAUGCUCUGUUGGAUCGUUUGGCUGGGCUUGGCAAUCGUCAACGGGACUAUCAGGAAUCGUUGGAAAAGGUGCGCAGUUGGUUGCGUGAUGUACAACCACGUGUAAGCAGUGUGCUUUCGGAUCCAAUCGCCGCCGACCCGCAAUCCGUGCAGGAUCAGAUGAAUCAGACAAAGGCGCUGCAGAGUGAGUUCCUGUCGCAAGGACGUUUGCUCGAUAAUGUUCAGCACUGUCUGGAUGCGCUGCUGAAGUCAUUGGCCGGGCGGUUGAGCCCAUCCGAAGUAUCUGCCCUGGAGAUUCCGGUGGAAGAGGUAAAGGAUAAGUACAGUCAACUGCUGGAAGCUCUUGGUGAUCGUUCGAAGCUGCUGGAUACCGCUUUGGUGCAAUCGCAAGGUGUACAGGAUGCGUUGGACGGUCUCGCGGUGUGGAUUAAUCAAUCAGAAGAGAAAUUCAAGCUGCAGAAUCGUCCAGCAUCACUGAUAAAGGAUCGUCUCAACGAGCAGGUGCGCGAACACCGUGGAUUGUUAAACGAUUUGGAAUCGCAUCGUACCAGUCUAGAAAGUGUAACACUGUCUGCACAAGAGUUGAUGGCUACUCCUUCAAACACGCGCCUUGCUAAGCGCAUCGAGAGUAACCUUAGCGAUGUAACGGGACGCUUCGAGAAACUGCUCGAUAAGGCACUGAAACGCGGUGAAUUCCUUGAGGACACUCUAUCGCAGCUAGCGAAAUUCUUGAACGAUUCAUCUAAUCUGGAGCAAGAAUUGACGGCCCUGAACGAUGCGCUAGAAGGACGUGAACUUGUAUCACUGCCGGCUGAAGUACUUGCCCAGCGUAUGGUAGAAUUAUCGCGUCUGAAGGAAGAUCUACGUCCGCAAUACGAAGCAACUGUUCGUCUUGGCAAGGAUCUAAUCGCUAAGCGCGAUGUGACCGAUACGGGAGUAGUACGUGAUCUGGUGAAGGUACUCGAGAACCUCUGGAAGACAAUGGACACGAAGCUGGAGGAGAAGUUGAAGUUGUCAAAGCAAAAGGCCGAACAGUUGCAUGCUUACGAGAACUUGAAGGAUCAAGUGCUCGUGUGGCUUUCGAGCAUCGAAACGCGAACGAACAAUCUCGCACCGGUCGCUGUAGAUGUAGAUGCGAUCAAAUAUCAGAUCGAGGAGGUUCGCCCGCUUGUCAAGGAGCAUCGUGAAUACGGUGUAACAAUUGAUCGAGUAAACGAUCUUGGUGCACAGUACGAUGCGUUGAUCCGUCCAGACAGUCCAACGCGCAAGCGCUCGGUGUAUAGUCCGAUUAAGCGCUCUAAUGUCAGCCCGAUGCGUCGGCUCUCGGGAGAUGCACGCUCGCCAAGCCCAACCAAGGGUGGACCAUCACCACUAUCACCCGCGAGCGGAUCGAGCGGAUUUGGUAGUCGGCGAUCGUCGCAAGACGGUUUCCAGCUAACCGAUCUGACUCCGAUUCAACAGCAGCUUACGGAAAUUAACAACCGUUACAGUUUGGUUGGAGCUCGACUAAACGAUCGUCAAAACGAACUGGAUUCGGUACGCGAUGAGGUCCGCAAGCACCAGGAUAACCUAAAGACACUGGCAAGCUUCCUCGAUAAAAUCCAGCGACAGGUGCCACGUGACGUUAUCGGAAACAAAGAAGAAGCCGACCGUUGUAACAAGCAGGCUCGUAAAAUCCUCGAAGAAAUGUAUGAGAGGCAAAGUCUGCUGGAUUCGACGAAGGCGCAAGUUAAGGAUUUGCUGAAGCGUAAACCGGACGUGCAGGGAGCUGAACGUCUGCGUUCAGAGUUGGAUGCAGUUGCUGACCGUUGGAAGAAUCUGAACGAUUUGUGCAAGGAUCGUAUUGCAUUCUCCGAGCAUCUGCGCGACUUCCUCGAUACCCAUGACAACCUAAACACUUGGCUGGCUGCGAAGGAGCGUAUGCUGACCGUGCUUGGACCGAUCUCUUCGGAUCCACGUAUGGUGCAGAGUCAGGUUCAGCAAGUGCAGGUGCUGCGAGAAGAGUUCCGUGGACAACAGCCUCAGCUUAACCACUUGCAAGAAGUCGGAAGCGCCGUCUUGGAGCAAUUGCGCGAAUCGUCACCCGAAGGACAGGCCGUCUCAACGAAGCUGCGUAACGUCCAGAAGAAAUGGGACGACCUCGUAGCUCGAUUAGACGAGCGAGCUCAAAGCCUUGGUGCUGCGGCGGACAGUUCGAAGGAGUUCGAUGCCGGAUUGAACCGAUUGCGCGAAGCAUUGCAAACGAUAAGCGACAAUCUCGAUUCACUGCCGACGGACCGUGAUCAUCAGGAGACGCUGCGUAAGAUUGAGAACCUCGAGCGUCAGCUAGAAGGUCAGCGACCGCUUUUAGCCGAUUCCGAAGCGGCUGCCGAAACGCUGUGCCGUGUGCUGAGUGAUCCGGUUUCACGUGCCGACGUGAAUGCGCGUGUGUCUGCGGUCGGAAAGCAGUAUCAAACUUUGCAGAAGAAGCUCGAUAUGCGCAAGGCUGAGACAGAUGCGGCACUACGCGAUGGACGCCAGUUUGCUGAAACAUGCGCUAAAACGCUGGGAUGGUUGUCGGGAGAGUUGGGCAACUUGACUGACCGCUUGCUUGUUUCGGCACAUCGACCAACGCUGCAACAUCAGAUCGAUACGCACGAGCCCGUGUAUCGUGAAGUGAUGGGCCGAGAGCAUGAAGUUAUCAUGCUGUUAAACAAGGGACGUGACCUACAGGAUAAGCCGGGACAGACAACUGAUCGUGCUAUGCAGCGCGAUCUAGAGAAGAUUGCGCAACAGUGGGACCGACUUCGUUCGGCAGCCGUCGAUCGUCAUUCGCGCCUGCAGACGUGCAUGGAGCACUGUAAAAAGCAUGCUGCCGCAUCGGAAGCGUUCUUGUCAUGGCUUCGCGGUGCUGAGGAUAGACUGUCCAUGCUCAAGCCUGGUCUGCUGAAGAAGCAACAGCUCGAUCAACAGUUGCGCGAUCUGCAGACUUUCCGCAGUGAUGUGUGGAAGCGUUCCGGAGAAUAUGAGACAUGUCGCACCCUUGGUGAAACGUUCAUUGGUGCAUGCGAUGUCGAUAAAGAGGCAAUCAAGGCAGAACUUCAGGAUAUGAAGGAUCGCUGGGAGCGUUUGAACAAUGAGCUACUGGCCCGUGCACAAACCUUGGAAACGUGUGCCAAACGGUUGGGUGACUUCAACGAAGAGCUCCGCGAUCUCGAUCAUGCUGUUGGUCGCUGUGAGGAUCGUCUUGCAGCGCACGACGCACUGGGCGGUGCAGCUAAAGAUCCGAAACUAUUGGAACGGGUACGUGCCAUCAAGGAUGAUGCUACUGCGCUGCGCAAACCUCUUCAAUCGGUGCGCAAAUUGGCCGGCGAAAUUGCAGGUGAAGCACGUGCCGCUGGUGGCGAUGCUGAUCAUCUAAAAUCGGAAGUGGACGGUAUUUCGGAUCGCAUCGAAGAUCUUCAUGCACGGUUGGACGAUCGCUGUGGUGAGUUGCAAUCGGCAGCUACUGCAGUGUCGCAGUUCAACGAUAAGGUGAAACUACUUGGUGUUGAUUUGAAUGACCUAGAGCAACAGGUUGAUUUGUUGCAUCCACCUGCACGCGAGAUCAAGGUUGUGUUGAAUCAAUUGGACGAAGUUACUGGUAUCCUCAACAAGAUCGAUCGUGUAGCGGCGCACGUCAGCGAAGUGGAACGUGCCGGUGAGCAGCUAGUAGACUGUGGCUUUGCUCCCGAUACUGCGCAAACUCGUGAUCAGAUUGGAACGCUCCGCAAACAGCUUGGUCGUCUAGAGAAUCGCGCACGCGAUCAUGAUGACGCGCUACAGCGCGCUCUGAAAGCUUUGGAGAAGUUCUACGACCUGCAUCAGCACACUCAGGAAGAUCUUGGCGAAGUAGGCGAUCAGUUGAAGAAGAUGAAACCCGUCAGUUCGGAGCUGGAACAGAUUCGUCAUCAGCAGGACGACUUACGUCGAUUCCGUCAACGCGUGGUAGAUCCGUUAACGGGCAAAAUUGAGGAACUGAACCGCUUGGGACAAGACUUGAUUCGCUCUGCUCAGGGUGGUGUACCAACCACGGCUCUUGAAAAAGACCUCGAGAAGAUCAACGAUCGCUGGAACGAACUGAAGGAAAAGCUAAACGAACGCGAACGACGUCUCGACGUUGGUCUGUUGCAGUCUGGCAAGUUCCAAGAAGCUCUCGAUGGUCUAUCGGAGUGGUUGAAGGUCACGGAAGAGAUGGUCGCCAACCAGAAACCACCGUCAGCUGACUAUAAGGUUGUAAAAGCACAACUUGCCGACCAGCCGUUCCUGAUGAAGAUGUUGUCGGAUCGACAAGAAACGAUGGCUUCAUUGUUCGAGUUGGGACAGGAAGUAGCCGCUGGAUGUGAUGCUUCCGAGAAGGCCGCCAUCGAACGGCAGCUGAAGGAAUUGAUGCGUCGUUUGGACGAUCUUACUGAUGCUGCCCAACGUCGUACACACGAUCUUGAGCAGGCAAUGCAUGUGGCGAAACAAUUCCAGGAUCAACUGAUUCCGCUGACGAAAUGGUUAGAUGGUGCGGAACGUGCCGUGAAAGCAAUGGAACUUGUACCGACAGAUGAGGAGAAGAUCCAGGCGCGCAUUCGUGAACAUGAGCAAUUGCACGAUGAAAUUCUGUCAAAGAAGCCUGAUUUUACCGAAUUGGCCGAUAUUGCCGCUCAGUUGAUGGAGUUGGUGGGUGACGAUGAAGCCGUAACACUGAGUGAGAAGGUGAAAAAUACUACCGACCGGUACACGGAUUUGGUGGUGGCUAGCGAAAACAUUGGCCACAUACUGAACGAAUCCCGGCAGGGACUGCGUCAUCUCGUGCUCACUUAUCAGGAUCUUGUUUCAUGGAUGGAAAAGACCGAGAACAGGUUGCAACGUUUCAAGAUCAUUCCGGUUCACACUGAGAAGCUUCUCGAACAGAUGGAUGCAUUGGUGGUGCUGAACGAAGAAAUUGCUAGCCGCUCACCGAACGUUGAAUCGACGGUAGAGGCAGGUUCGGAGUUGAUGAAACAUAUUUCCUCCGAUGAGGCAUUGCAAUUGAAGGAUAAACUCGAUUCGCUGCAACGUCGCUACGGUGAACUGACAACGAAGGGUGGAGAUCUGCUCAAGCAUGCACAGGAUGCUCUUCCACUGGUACAGCAGUUCCACGACAGUCAUAUGCGUUUGGUCAACUGGAUGCAGGCUGCUGAAUCGUCUCUCGCAACGGGUGAUUCUAACGAGAAUGAUAUUGCUCGUCUAGAAGCAGAACUGACCGAAAUUCGUCCACUCUUGGAGCAGGUGAACUCGAUCGGACCUCAGCUUUGCCAGAUUUCGCCCGGAGAGGGAGCGUCGACAAUUGAAGGAAUCGUGACAAGAGAUAACCGUCGCUUUGAGGCAAUCGUCGAACAGAUUCAACGUAAAGCAGAGCGUCUACAUCUGAGCAAACAACGUUCGAACGAGGUUACGGCAGACAUUGAUGAACUGUUGGAAUGGUUCCGCGACAUGGAUGCUACGUUGCGCGAUGCAGAUCCUCCUGCAAUGACACCGAAGCUGGUGCGAACGCAGCUACAAGAGCAUCGUUCGAUCAACGACGACAUCUCCAGUCAAAAGGGACGUGUCCGUGAUGUUACUGCGGCGGCUAAGAAGGUGCUGCGUGAAUCGCAACCAAAUGACAACACGAUUGCAUUGCGCGAGAAACUAGAGGAUCUAAAGGAGGUGGUCGAAACAGUGGCAGCCUUAUGCUCGAACCGUCUUUCAGUGCUCGAGCAAGCAUUGCCUCUAUCGGAACACUUCGCAGACUCGCACACUGGACUCGCAACGUGGUUGAACGACAUGGAGCAUCAAAUCUCGAUGCUAUCGAUGCCGGCAUUGCGUGCAGACCAGAUCGCUAUACAGCAGGAUAAGAACGAACGGUUAACACAAUCGAUCGCUGAGCACAAACCACUGCUGGACAAGCUGAACAAAACUGGAGAGGCUUUGAUGGCACUGGUUGCCGACGAUGAUGCGGCCAAGAUCGGUGAAAUUCUGGACUCUGAUAACGCUAGAUAUGCUGCCCUUCGUACCGAGCUACGCGAUCGACAAAACGCGCUUGAUCAGGCACUGCAGGAAUCAAGCCAAUUCUCGGACAAACUGGAGGGAAUGUUACGCGCGCUGCAGAACACAGCCGAACAAGCCAAUCAGGCUGAUCCGAUCUCUGCUCAUCCGCCCAAGAUUCGCGAUCAAAUCGACGAAAAUGUUGCUCUCGUACAGGAUAUCGAUAAACGUGGAGAAGCAUUCGCCGCCGUACAACGGGCCGCUAGCGAUGUCAUCUCGAAGGCUACCAAUCAGUCCGAUCCAGCUGUGCGCGACAUCAAAAAGAAACUGGACAAGCUAAACGCUCUGUGGGGCGAUCUGCAAAAGACGACGUCGAAACGAGGUGCCGCAUUGAACGACACACUCGCCGUCGCCGAGAAGUUCUGGAAGGAAAUGCAAGCGGUUAUGGAGACGCUGAAGGAACUGCAGGAUGCACUGCAAACGCAGGAACCACCAGCAGCACAACCGCAAGCCAUUCAAAAGCAGCAGGUUGCGCUGCAGGAAAUUCGCCAGGAGAUCGAUCAAACCAAGCCGGAGGUCGAACAGGUGCGUCGUACUGGCAGCAAUCUCAUGUCGCUGUGCGGUGAACCGGACAAGCCAGAGGUAAAGAAACACAUCGAGGACCUGGACCAUGCGUGGGACAACAUUACCGCGCUAUAUGCUAAGCGUGAGGAGAACCUUAUCGAUGCCAUGGAGAAGGCAAUGGAGUUCCACGAAACGCUGCAAAAUCUGCUGAACUUCUUGGCCCGCGCUGAAGAUCGGUUCCAGAAGCUUGGACCGCUUGGUUCGGACAUUGAAGCAGUCAAGAAGCAGAUCGAACAACUGAAGCACUUCAAAGACGACGUCGAUCCACACAUGGUGGAAGUGGAGGCAUUGAACCGACAAGCGGUAGAGCUUACGGAACGUACUUCUGCCGAACAGGCUGGUGCCAUCCGUGAGCCACUGAAUGCCGUCAACCGGCGAUGGGAGAAUCUCCUGCGCGGUAUGGUCGAGCGUCAGAAGCAGUUGGAGCAUGCGCUUCUACAUCUCGGACAGUUCCAGCAUGCGCUGAAUGAGUUGCUCGUGUGGAUCAACAAAACCGACGCAAACUUGGACGAGCUGAAACCUAUCCCAGGUGAUCCGCAGCUUUUGGAAGUUGAGCUUGCCAAGCUGAAGGUGUUGGCAAAUGACAUUCAUGCACACCAGAGCUCGGUUGAUACGCUAAACGAUGCGGGUCGCAAGUUGAUCGAGAAUGAUCGUGGUUCCCUCGAGGCGUCCACUACGCAGGAUAAGCUGCAGCAGCUGAAUAAGCAAUGGCGCGAUUUGCUGCAAAAGGCAGCCGACCGUCAGCACGAGCUGGAGGAAUCAUUGCGUGAAGCACAGGCGUUUACCGCCGAGAUUCAGGAUCUGCUUGGAUGGCUGGGUGACGUUGAUGCAGUGAUCAGUGCGAGCAAACCUGUCGGUGGUCUGCCGGAGACAGCAUCCGAGCAGCUCGAACGAUUCAUGGAAGUUUACAACGAGCUGGAAGAAAACCGUGCCAAGGUGGAAACGCUAAUCGCCCAGGGACAGGAGUACGUACGCAAGCAGACGCAACUGCAAGUGUCUGCCAGCAAUCUGCAGCAUACGCUGCGGACGCUGAAGCAGCGCUGGGAUGCAGUUGUUUCGCGUGCUUCCGACAAGAAGAUCAAACUGGAAAUUGCAUUGAAGGAAGCAACCGAAUUCCACGACGCGCUGCAAGCAUUCGUCGAAUGGUUGACGCAGGCUGAGAAGCAACUGUCGAGCGCGUCAGCAGUGUCUCGCGUUUUGGAAAUGAUUCAACAGCAGAUGGAAGAGCACAAGGUGUUGCAGAAGGACGUAUCCAUUCAUCGUGAGUCGAUGUUGCUGUUGGACAAGAAGGGUACGCACCUGAAGUACUUCAGCCAGAAGCAGGACGUCAUUCUGAUCAAGAAUCUGCUCGUUUCCGUACAACAUCGCUGGGAGCGUGUGGUGGCAAAGGCCGCCGAACGAACGCGUGCGCUCGAUCACGGCUACAAAGAAGCCCGUGAAUUCCACGAUGCUUGGGUGCAGCUGACCGGCUGGUUGAAGGAGACGGAGAAAAUGCUGGACACGCUGGCCGAGGAAACGAGCAACGAUGCGGUGAAAAUCAAGAAGCAUCUUGAGAAGCUUCGCGAAAUCCAGCGCAACUUGCAGUCGAAGGAAAGCUUCUACGAUAGCACGAUGCGCAACGGUAAGGGUCUAAUGGAUCGGGCACCGAAAUCGGACGAACCGGUGUUGUCGAAGAUGAUGAGCGAGUUGAAGGAUUCGUGGAAGCGCGUAUGCCAGAAGAGUGUUGAGCGCCAACGCAAGUUUGAGGAAGCACUGCUGCUAUCCGGCCAGUUUGCCGACGCGCUGCAGGCCCUUCUCGAUUGGUUGCGCAAAACGAAGGCGCGCCUGGCCGAGGAUGGACCGGUGCACGGCGAUCUGGACACGGUAACUACGCUUGUUGAGCACCAUCGCCAGCUGGAAUCCGAUUUGGACAAACGUUCCGCGCAGAUGCAGAGUGUGAUGAAGACUGGUCUUGAGCUGGAGCGAUCCGAUGAGUCACGAGAAACUAGCAAGAAUCUGAAGGAAAUGCAACGACUCUGGGAUGACGUACAGGAUUUGAGUAGUCGCCGUAAGAGCCGGUUGGAUGUGGCCCUGAAGGAAGCGGAACGGCUACACAAGUCUGUGCACAUGCUGCUCGAGUGGCUGUCGGAGGCGGAACAGAAGCUUCGAUUUGCAGCUGCCGCACCGGACGAUGAGUCACAGGCGAAGGACCUGCUUGACAUCCAUGCCAAGUUCAUGAAGGAACUGCGCGAGAAAGAAUACGACAAGGAGGAUACGAUUGGCCUAGCUAACAGCAUCCUAGGAAAGGCCCAUCCAGAUGCGAUACCCAUCAUCAAGAACUGGAUUUCCAUCAUUCAAUCGCGCUGGGACGAAAUCUCACAAUGGGCCAUCAGUCGACAGACCAAGCUGGAGCAACAUUUGAAGGAUCUGCAAGAUUUGGACGAAUCAAUCGAAGAGUUGCUGGCUUGGUUGGCUGGAUUGGAAGCAACACUGCUAAAUCUCGAAACGGAACCACUGCCGGAUGAAAUUCCACCGCUGGAGGUGCUGAUUGCGGACCAUAAGGAGUUCAUGGAAAAUACUGCACGCCGUCAGGGUGAGGUUGAUCGUGCUUGUAAACCACGCCAACCACCACCAGGCCUCAAAGAAACACGUAAACCUUCCCGUGGUGUACUAAAGACACCAAUUAAAGGAUCUCAGGCCGAUCUACGUGAGCAUUCACCCGACUACGGCACAUUAGGACGCAAGCAGAGCUUUAAGGGAUCGCGUGAUCAAGGCCUGAAUUCACGUCGCACAAGCAGCCGCGUGAGUCCUGGACGUGAAACGCAAACACCGGAACGUGAUCGGUUGCCCCAUUAUGGUCCACGGUUUUCACCAAGCAAUCAAGCGGAUACAGAACUUCGAUCACCACGUGCCAAACUGCUGUGGGAGAAGUGGCGCUACGUGUGGAUGAUGGCAUGGGAACGUCAACGCCGUCUGCACGAUCACAUGCUCUACCUGCAAGAUGUGGAGCGCGUCCGGCAGUUUAGCUGGGAGGAGUGGCGCAAGCGUUUCCUGAAGUUCAUGAACCACAAGAAAUCGCGCCUAACGGAUCUGUUCCGCAAGAUGGACAAGGAUAACAACGGUCUGAUACCACGCGAAGUGUUCAUCGAUGGAAUUAUUGGCACAAAGUUCGACACGUCCAAACUGGAAAUGGGAGCCGUAGCCGAUCUGUUCGAUCGCAACGGUGAAGGAUUGAUCGAUUGGCAGGAGUUCAUUGCAGCGUUACGGCCCGACUGGCAGGACCGCAAACCGAAGACUGAAGCGGACAAGAUACACGACGAAGUCAAACGGUUGGUCAUGCUGUGUACGUGUCGACAGAAGUUCCGCGUGUUCCAGGUCGGCGAAGGAAAAUAUCGGUUCGGUGACUCUCAGAAGCUACGCUUGGUGCGCAUUUUGAGAAGCACAGUCAUGGUGCGUGUCGGAGGUGGAUGGGUAGCACUUGACGAAUUCCUGGUCAAGAACGAUCCUUGCAGAGCCGACGAACAUUUGGCCGAACUGAUGCCAAUUUUUGAGCAGUUGCGUGCGCAGGGUAAUCUGCCUUGCACUUACCCGCUGCAUGUUACCUCCAGCGGAACUGCCUUUAUUCGUGGCGGUUCCCGUUCCACUCCGCUCAGUCCGCAUGCCCCUCACUGUCAUCCUUCGACGCAUUGGGUACGCGAACGUUCGGCAAAAUCGAUUUCCAUGUCGAGACCAUCGCGCUCAUCCCUGUCCGCUUCCACACCGGAUUCGCUCAGCGAUAAUGAGAGCGGAAUUGGAACACCAGGACGUUUCCAGACGCCCAGCCGCAAAUCUUCAGUGCCAGUCAGUCGAUCUCAGAUGACACCGGGCGGAUCGAGGGCAAAUUCACGACCCAGCUCACGACCGGCUAGUCGGGCCGGGUCGAAACCUCCGUCACGGCACGGAUCUACACUGUCACUGGACAGCACGGACGAUGCAACACCGUCGCGCAUUCCUACCCGUCGGCUUACGCAAACAUCGACACCGCGGCCAUCUCGCCUGUCGGUCGGAUCCGUUUCCGGUCGUACUGGUACCACCACUACCACCACCAACGGUGUCUCAUCGCGAACGGCUUCCGGAGCUGCAUCGCCUGCCCCAACGAGAAACGGUGGCAUGAGUCGAUCAUCCAGUAUACCAACACUAAUAGGAUUACCAAAUAGCAGCCAACCUCGCUCACGGAUUCCCGUCCGUCAAACUUCCAAUGUAUCGAACUCUUCAUCAGCGACGGGAAAAACCAGCGGUGCAUCCACACCUUCCGGUAUGCAGACACCACGCCGUACGUCGGUAGAACCCGGCACGCCCGGUACCGUUCCGCAGCGACCGGAAAGCCGCAAUUCACGUGGCACAACACCGAGUGAAAAGCGGGCACCGUUCCGGUUGUAGACGGUGAGUGAAUGAAUGCCCGACCCACCCUUCGUGUGAUAUCUCGUGAGCGAGCAGCAACCAGUGCCAGAAAGUGUACCAGAAACAAAACAAAUUGCGUAUUAUAGUUUUCGCUAUCCAAUCGACGCCUGCUACAAGCAAACGAAACGAACCAUCUUUUUAAAAAGCGAAACACAUAUACGAAACACGCUUUCGACAAGAAAAGGAAACAACUACAGCGAUAGAGAAGAUUGUAGAAUUGGAUAAACGUAGACAAACAACAGCAAAAGGAGGAAAAGAAUUGUAAGAUAAAGAAAGUAAGGCUAAAAACGUUCUAAACUACAAUUAGAAUGGAUAAAAAAGUGAAAAAAAGAGAAUGCAAAAUAAUUGCAUCCAUUGUCACCAUGUACUUCCAGUGAACAAUAAUGCAAUAUGCAAGAGAGAAAGAGAGAAACAAGCAUAGAGGCUUAAACCCCCUCAAUGCAAAACAUGGAAAACAUCACGGAAAAUCGAACCACUCUCGAAUAGAUAAUGAAUUGGAAUGAACCAAGUGUUAACUACAAAAAAAUGAAUUGCAUGAAAGGGGGUAAAAAUCGCCAGUUUUGUCCCUUUUCCAUGACAGUUCUUUUACAUUCGCUCGUUCGUUUGGUCGAAAAUGAGCCCAAAACAAAAGAAAAGAAAGCACAACAACAUCUAUUUGCUUUUCUUGUUUCUUACUGUUGUGUUGUUUAUUAUAAUUAUUUUCUAUGAAAUGGAGAGAUGUUUCUUUUGUUAUAAUUUAUCUUCUCUUCUAAUUCUAAUUGAACUUUCAUUUUUCAAUUGAGUUUUUUUCUUUAUUUCUACAUUAUUCUUAAUAAUUAACAUAUUAUUUAUUGUCAUUUCUUUUUCAAGCAAGCUUUUUUUCUGUUAAGCUAUUUAUGUUUUUUCUUAUUUUCAUUUUUGUUUUGUCCUUAUUAAUUAAAUUCGUCACUCGGUACGAAUUAUUUUUGUUUCCUGUGGGAGAAGCGAAGUUGUAGUAAAAGAUCGCCAGCUUUUACUUCCUCUUCGUUCAACCAUGUAUGUGAAGAACGAGAAAAGAGAAAAGUAUUCACGAGAUGUUCUCUUUCGCCGGUAGCUUUUUUAAAGGUGUGACAAGAAGUGAAGGGAGUGAAAAAAUCGCCAGUUUUUCUUUCCACCCACAAACCGUGGGUUGCUUCUUGCAGCACGCAUGACAAAAGGGCUACCGUGCUGGACAGAUAUCUCGCACUGCCUCUUUAACAGCACUUUACCAGUGUGUUUGGUUAUCAAACACAAUCACACAAAAGUGUGCAGCAAGAGACACGUUUAUAUCACAAUUACAAUAAAACAAAACAUGAAUUUGUUUACUUUUACGUUUUUGAACACGUUUUAUUUGUCAGCUCGUUGUUAAUAUGUGUGUAGUGCAAUGACAUGCAUACAUUUUUUUUUUCUUUUUGCCAAUCGAAUUAUGGAAAAAACGCUUUCAAAUAAAACAAAACAAACGAAGAAAAAAAAAGUCAUUUAGUAUCUAAGCGAAUUAAAACUGUUUUGCGCACGGAUGUAUGCGUGAAAGAUGAGUUCUGGGCGCAAGAAUUAACAAUUGCAACACACAUCUAAUAUAGCUCCCUCGUGUGUCGUGUUCGAAUAUAAAUUUUCGCUUAUUGUAUUUUACAUAGAAAGAACAACGACAGUGAUAAGAAGAGAAGUUAGCGAAAAGUGAGGGAAACACGUUAUUUGCAUUCGUUCGUUUUUUUUUGUUUGUUUUGGUUCUUCUACAUGUUAAUGUUUUCUUUUUUUAUUAUUAUAUAUAUUUCUAAACAUACCACGUGUAUUGUUGUCAUCUCUUGCGCUAAUACAAUAAUUCCUGCUAGACUAAAAUUUGGGGCCGAAAACACACACACAAAAAAACUUGAAACAAGAAACAGUCGUUGUUUCUGUGAAGAGGAAACAAAAGAACGGGAGGCCCCGUAAGUUUUGCCCAUUGUAAUUAUUAUAAAUAUAAAAGUUACACGUAAAGAAUGAAAGCAAAAGUAAAAAAAAAAGAAAAUCAGCAAACAAAAGAAUUAAACAUUUAAAAAAAGUCGUAGAUAAUCUCUUAGUUUUGCGGCAUUGUUCAGUUAUAGAUGAGUAGGGUUUUUUUAAUAAAACAAACGAGAAAAAAAGUUAGACAAAAAAAAGAAAGAGAAAGAUAGAUAGAAGGAAAAACGCGCGCACCGCCCGCAUAUUGGGUGGGAUAAUUAAUUAACGAUUAACUCCUAGCUUAUUUGUAACUUGUAACUAAUUAAUAACAGAAGUUAAGGAAAAGAGAACGAGAACGAAACGAAAGAGCGAAAGAAGAACGACAGUGUGUGAGAAUGAUAACAGGGAAAAUGAGAAAAUGAAUGUGCGAAAGAAGAAGUAGCAGCUAGCAAUAACGAGCUUCAUUCGACGGGUUUCAAUUCCUGUUUUCUAUUGCCGGUACAACCUUUUCCCUUGUGACGUUUUAGCACUAUAGGAAUUAGUAGCAUUUUCUUCGUUGUUGAGUUUUGCUACACAAACACACAAUAAAUGCACAGAAAUAAUAGUAAAGAAAACCAAGUUUCCUCACCAAUAGAAACGCUUACAAAUGUUGAAAGCAACCGGUAUGGAGCUAUUUGCUGAAUGAACUAGAAAAAUCCUAUUACCGAUUAGAGGAAAGUAAAAGAAACCACAAGGAAAGGAAAAUAUCAGCUUAGGGAACGAACCCGAAGAAGAAGAGAAGAAUGCAGCAAGACAAACUGUUCUAAAAACAAAUUAAUAAAGACGAAACAACAGUUAUUAAUCAAA